AUGGUUCUGGUUGCGGGGUCCUACGAGCGCUUCAUCUGGGGUUUCUCCCUGAAAACCCUAAAACCCACUUCCUCCCAAAACCCUUCUGGAGCCGACGACGGGGGCGACGGUGAUGGGGAUGGCGGCGGCUGUAUCCUGAAGCCACUCUUCUCCUAUCCCUCCCACACGAGCUCCAUAAAGUGCGUCGCCGUCUCUGGCCCUGUCGCCGUCUCCGGCGGCGCCGACGACGCCGUCAAGAUCUACGACCUCUCCUCCUGCUCCGAGAUCGGCUCCCUCACCGACCAGGGAGGCGCUGUGACCGCCGUCGCCUUCUACACCCCGCCGGCGAUCUCCUUCCCUCGCAACUUGGUCACCGGCUCCGACGGCGGCGUCGUCUCCAUCUACGAUGCCGACCCCUUCGUCCACCUCAAGAGCGUCCGCAGAGUCCACCGGCGAGGCGCCGGCGUGGGGGAUCUCACGGUGCACCCCUCCGGCCGCCUGGCGCUGACCGUGGGGCGGGGGGAUUCGAGCCUCGCCAUGGUCAACCUCGUGAGGGGGCGGCGGAGCUUCGUCUGCCGGCUGGACAGGGAGGCGUCCGUGGUGCGGUACAGCGCCGGAGGGGGCGACCUGUUCUUCAUGGCGGCGGAAGAGAGGAUCUCCGUCCACAACUCAGAGGACGCGAGGGAAGUCGCCGAGCUCGUCGCGGAGAAGAAAGUCCUCUGUGUUGCUCCCGCCCUGGUAAUCCUGCAACUCCCCCCCCUUUCUUUUCGUUUGCCCCAUUGUUCUUCCUCAAUCAUCGUCUUCAUCAUCGUCAUCCAUAGUUGAUGAUGCGCGAUUGCCGAUUUUAAGCCCCAUUUUCUGUCUGCCUCGAUCUAGCGUCACUAAUUCGUGGAGUGCCAUUUAAAAUAAAAUCUUUCAUCCUUUUCUCGCUAAUUAGUGGUUUAGUUCCUCAUUGAUUACCCUUUCAUGAGUUCUCUAGCUUAAAUGACAGCACACCCAUUCGAUUCAAAGUCAAAAGGCUCUCGCUAUCUAUUUAUAGAAAUUGAAGGUUUUUCUGUGGAGCUCUGCGCAGAAUAAUGUCCUGAUUACCGGCGGAGAGGGACGAGACGUGACAGCAUGGGACAUAACCAGCGGGAAGGUGGCUUACAGCAUCAAGGAGGCGCAUUCGGCCCGCGUGAAGGGGCUGGUGGUUCUCGGCGGCGGAAACUCCGGCGAGGCCUCUGGUGGCCCCCAUCUUCUGGCUUCGGCGGCGACCGACGGCGUCAUUAGGGUUUGGGACGCCCGAGUGGUCUCAGGAGAGAAGCCGCCGCCGCAUCUAACCGAGGCGAAGACCAAGUCCAGGCUUACAUGUCUCGCCGGUUCCUCCAUUAAGUGUUAGUAUUCUCUCAUCCCAUUGUAGAAAAUUCAGCCUUUUGCUCUCUAUUUCUCUCUAUAGAUCUAUCUUUAAAUAUAUAUCUCUGUUUGUCAGUUUGAUUGUCGAAUCUGGGUGUUUUGUUCGAUUAUAGUUGAGAAAUGGUGUUUCUGUUCGAUGUUCUGGGUGAUUCAUUCUGAUACUCUCUCUCUCUCUCUCUCUACAGGAGAUCUGCAGCUCGAACCAGAGCCUAUUUCCUUGUCUUCCUGGCAGUGA